AUCUUAUUCACCUGAGUACAUUACACCAACACAGCAAAUAUCUCGUUUAAAGUUUGAAUUUAAUAUCGCAUGCCCUCAGUUCGAUUCCUGCCUGCAGAAGGCCAAUGUAGUUUUCGCUACUACUCCUAGUAAGGUCUGCUAAGUGUAUAAAAAAUCCACACUCACAAUUUCCAUCCACAACGAAACAAUGAAACCUUGAAUAUUGAAAGAACAUCUCACACUUGAAGGGUAAAAAUUUACAAUCUCUUGGAGAGUCGAUCCUGGCCUUUAAAAAUAUGCCAGAAAAAAUGUACAAAUUUAUAAAAAAAUGCGUAAGAUAUAAAUACGAUUAUGGUCCAUUAUUGUUUGAUUAUACAAAUUAAAUUUACUUGUAGUGAUUGCAGUUCACAGCUUCGCAGCAAACUGUCAAAAUAGGGAAUCCUGAUAAAUGGCGUUGGCGGAACACAUGCCGAGGUAUUGUAGAGUUCUUCCACAGCUGCUGUCAAGAACCCCCAAAAAUCCCUCCAAAUUUUGUUACAAAAUCUAUCUGAAAUCCUGAAUGUUAAACGUUUUGUCCCUAACCGUUUCGAAAAAUAUUUUUGCCAAGAAAAGGUCAUGUUAAUUUUUUGUUUGUUUUUCUGUUCGCUGUUUUUUGUCUUUUUAUAGUUGUAAUUGUUAUGGAAAUGAAGCCGGAAUUAUUUCCCUGGCCAAGUUCUUCAUUGUGCGUCGACUAUUAAUGCAGAGUGCUUUACAAACGCGUCAGUGCUAAGCAGAGCUGUCAGUGAAAAACAUGGCUUCAAAAUGCUGGCUUUUUGGCGUUUUAUUGUUUUUCAUCCGUCCGUUCACAAGUUUUUCUGAAAAGUUUGAAAAUCAUCAUGAAUAUUGCGUAGUCGGAGCUGGACCUGGAGGUUUGUCAAAUUAUUCAAUCUGGUCUUAUGAUAAUUUGUUGACGAAAAAUUGAAACAUUUAAACCAGGCGUUCAUGUAUCAAUUAGCAACACGUUUCUUGUAAGAGAGUUUCCAUGCCGAAUGAAACAUAUUACACAACACAGAAAAGCUUGAAAAUUAUUGCGAGCAUGAUUCGAGACCUUAACAUUCUCGCGUUUGCGGCUAGCAGCAAAGUUGAAUCGCACUUUAAGGUCAAUGCCAAGCCGUUAGCAGUUCGAACAAUUUGUAUAUUAAAUUGAAACAUACAUAAGUAACUUAGCCGUAAAAAUCGUGUGGAACUUAAUAUGCUCAAAAUCGACUUUCCCGUUUACAAUGAGCGGUUCCGUAAACGUGAAUCUUUCUGGUGUUAUGAUGCUUGUGAUGUUACUCUGAGUGUAUAUCCACACCGGACAAGCUUGAAAAAUAUGCCUGGCCACGGUGGGAAUCGAACCUACGACCUUUGGAAUACUAGCCCAAUGUUUUCUGGUGUUAUUGUCACAACCUACGGCUACGCUGGAACACACCGUUGCAGUUAAUUGUAAAAUAGUUUUUAAUUUCUAAUUCAUGUCACAUCUUUUCAGGGCUACAAGUCGCUUACUUUUUGGAAAGAUCAAGUCGACACUAUAUUGUUUUUGAGCGUAAUUCCGAAGCUGGUAAGUGUUUUGCCAAAAUAAGUUCUUCAGUUCAUUUCAAAGUAAAUAGCCUGUCAUGCACUGUGACACUGCUGAACUGCUCCUGUUCUCCCUGGAAGUCUAUAAGGAUCAUCUCUUAUUGAUCCAGUGUUACUACAGGAGGAAACCUAAACUAAACUAACUUUAUUUAUACUGGAUAGCUCUAUCAGUUCUAAACUGUUCUCCCUGGAGGUCUAGUAAGGAUCAUCUCUUAUUGACCCGAGUGUUAUUACAUCCCUGGAGGAAACCUGAACUAAACUAACUUUAUUUAUACUGGACAGCUCUAUCAGUUCUAAACUGUUCUUCCUAGAGGGGCUAGUAAGGAUCAUCUCUUAUUGACCCAUGAGUGUUAUUACAGGGGGAAACCUAACUAACUAAACUAAGUUCUUAGAUCUUGGCGUUUAGACAGGAACCUGAACUAAACUAACUUUAUUUAUACUGGACAGCUCUAUCAGUUCUAAACUGUUCUUCCUAGAGGUCUAGUAAGGAUCAUCUCUUAUUGACCCAUGAGUGUUAUUACAGGGGGAAACCUAACUAACUAAACUAAGUUCUUAGAUCUUGGCGUUUAGACAGGGAAUAAUUAGACAUGGUCUAUCAAGACAAAUUAUCCAUGGUCUAUAGACUAUAUACUGACGUUUUAAAGGCAUUUUUAAUAGCGAAGGAAAAUGUGUUUUUCAUCCUGACGUACAUGCAGGACGUGUUUUAAGUGAAGGAUGCAUUUCUGGCAGUUCAAACAUGAAAUGCAAACGUGAGAUAAAAAGAAAAACAAACGUCAUGUAUUGAGAUUUGAGGGUAAUGUGAAGGAGCUUCUUUAAUUGUCAUUUUGUCGCACGUUUAUGGAUUGAAAUGUUUUCAUUGUAGGCUACUAACAUACACGUACACCACUGUGUCAGCGUGUUGUAGCAACAGUGGCGUUCUCUAAAAAGCUUGGUUAAAAAUAACUGCUAAACUAUACAGCCUUGUUUAUAUUUUGUAACAAUCUCUAUAUCCGUUACUCUAACCUUUUUGAACAACAAGAAUGAAAAAUCCGUUCAAGCGAAAACAUUUCAAUCCGAAUCGAAAUUCUUUCAACAUAUAAGGAAUUGUGUUGUAACCGCAGACAAAAACUGUCAUUCUUUAGAAAUACGUAUAGCAAGGCCAAGGUGAUGUCACAGUAUAUAGCCUGUAGCUAGUCCCCUCAACCGUCGAUUCCUGGGGUUAUGCUGUUGUCUGUAGAUUAUAUAAUUUCAAUACUGGACUCUAGGGGAACAGUUUAACUUAGGUUUCCUUCUGUUACUACUGGAUCAAUAAAGAGAACAAUAUAUCAGCUAUCCAGUAUAAAUAAAGUUAAUUUAGUUUAGGUUUCCUCCUGCAGUAACACUGGAUCAAUAAGAGAUGAUCCUUACUGGACCUCUAGGAAGAACAGUUUAGAACUGAUAGAUAUAUCCAGUAUAAAUAAAGUUCGUUUAGUUUAGGUUUCCUCCUGUAGUAACACUGGAUCAAUAAGAGAUGAUUCUUACUGGACCUCUAGGAAGAACAGUUUAGAACUGAUAGAUAUAUCCAGUAAAAAUAAAGUUUGUUUAGUUUAGGUUUCCUCCUGUAGUAACACUGGAUCAAUAAGAGAUUAUCCUUACUGGACCUCUAGGAAGAACAGUUUAGAACUGAUAGAGCUAUCCAGUAUAAAUAAAGUUAGUUUAGUUUAGGUUUCCUCCUGUAGUAACACUGGAUCAAUAAGAGAUGAUCCUUACUGGACCUCUAGGAAGAACAGUUUAGAACUGAUAGAGCUAUCCAGUAUAAAUAAAGUUAGUUUAGUUUAGGUUUCCUCCUGUAGUAACACUGGAUCAAUAAGAGAUUAUCCUUACUGGACCUCUAGGGAGAACAGUUUAGAACUGAUAGAGCUGUCCAGUAUAAAUAAAGUUAGUUUAGUUUAGAUUUCCUUCUGAAGUAACACUGGAUCAAUUACAGAUGAUCCUCACUGGACCUCUAUAGGGAGAACAGUUUAGAACUGAUAGAGCUAUCCAGUAUAAAUAAAGUUAGUUUAGUUUAGGUUUCCUCCUGUAGUAACACUGGAUCAAUUACAGAUGAUCUUUACCGGACCUUUAGGAAGAACAGUUUAGAACUAAUAGAGCUAUCCAGUAUAAAUGGAAUCAAGUUCAAUAAUUAAUGUUUAAUGGAAAGUUAGUUUAGUUUAGGUUUCCUCCUGUAGUAACACUGGAUCAAUUACAGAUGAUCUUUACCGGACCUUUAGGAAGAACAGUUUAGAACUAAUAGAGCUAUCCAGUAUAAAUCAAUCAAGUUCAAUAAUUAAUGUUUAAUGGAUUAAAAAGUUUCUAGAUUACAUUUAGACAAUGAAGUUGUAUUAAUCUACAUUGAAAGUAGUUAAAAGUAUAUUCAUUAAUUUUGAGAGCGUGUUAUAGAACAUACGAAAGAUUCUCUUCUUCAAUUGGCAUGAAAUUUAUAUAUAGGUUUUCUCAUGAACCAGAAAAUUCAAUCUCUGGCAAACAUUGCCUAAAUUUAGGCCCCGUUAUAUUUAUAGCCAUGAAAGGGAACAUUGCCAAAAACAACUUGAAUGAUAUAAAAAGACUUGUCUCUGCUUGAAGCAAAACAUUACACAAUGCAACACAGUUGUUGCUUGAAAGAAAUCAUCAAUGCAUGUAAUUUCCAGCACGGGGGGUGCAGUGACGCGUUAGGGAUUUUGCUCGUAAAUAGACUUAUAUGUGUAAUAGACUCCCACGUUGAAAUGUUAGAUAUGACCAUACAGAGAUACACUGUCUUUUGAGUUACGUAAGAAAUUUUUGUUGCCGGUAACACAAGGGUUCACUGGAAUACAAUAGUGCAGUUCACACUAUGAAAUUUGCGAUUGCAUCACUAAGUCCAUAAGUAGAUAAUGAAUAUGAACGACAAAACAGUAUAUAACUAUAUGAUGCAUUGUUAUCCCACUAAAUCUAUCCAAGUACAACAAGGGUAUUUGUUUCUAACCAUACAUUCCUCAUUAAGGGACCCUGUGAAUUCCUUAAGGGACCCUGUGAAUGAGGCAAUAAGCCCUGUAGGGACUUAUGAUGUAUGACAAAGCUCGUAAAUAAAUAAAUAAGUAAAAAUAAAUUUCAGUUGUUUGAAAAUUCUGUUUUUUCUUUAGGUUCCUUUUACAAGUUUUAUCCUCGUCAUCGAGGCUUGAUUUCCAUAAAUAAAAGACAUACAGGUUAGAAUGUUGUUGUGUCGUCGUCGUUGUUGUUGUUAUUGUUGCUGUCCUUUUACAAGUUUUAUCCUCGUCAUCGAGGCUUGAUUUCCAUAAAUAAAAGACAUACAGGUUAGAAUGUUGUUGUUGUCGUUUUUUGUUGUUGUUGCUGCUGUUGCUGUUGUUGUUGUUUUGUUGCUGUUGUUGUUGUCUGUUGUUGUUGCUGUCGUUGCUGUCGUUGUUGCCGUCGUCGUCGUUGUUGUUGUUAUUGUUGCUGUUGUUGUUGUUGCUGUUGUUGCUGUCGUUGCUGUCGUUGUUGCGUUGUCGUCGUUGUUGUUGUUAUUGUUGCUGUUGUUGUUGUUGUUGUCGUUGCUGUCGUUGUUGCCGUCGUCGUCGUUGUUGUUGUUGUUGUUGUUGUUGCUAUUGUUGCUGCUAUUGUUGUUGUUGUUGUUGUUGCUGUUGCUGUCGUUGUUGCUGUUGUUGUCGUCGUUGCUGUUGUCGUUGAUGACGUUAUUGUUGUUGAUAAUGUUGUCGUUGUCUUUGCUGUUGUUGCUGCUGUUUGUAACGUGUUGCUGUUUAUUUAGGUAAAACAAAUAAAGAAUUCAAUUUAAGACAUGACUGGAACUCUCUUCGUUGAUGACGUUAUUGUUGUUGAUAAUGUUGUCGUUGUCUUUGCUGUUGUUGCUGCUGUUUGUAACGUGUUGCUGUUUAUUUAGGUAAAACAAAUAAAGAAUUCAAUUUAAGACAUGACUGGAACUCUCUGUUGAGUGAUGACGAAACACUUCGUAUGACAAGAUACAGUAACAGACUCUACCCUAAGGCUGGUAUUCUGGUAAGUACAAACAACAAACUUUACCAUGUAACCAUUCAACAUGCGCCAAUUAACACUCAGUUGGUUAGAGCGCUGCACCGGAAUUGCAGGGUCACAUGGGAUCACAGGAUGACCCCCAGACUCCCCUUUCUUCGGAAACUUAGUAUGACAGUGGAAAUCAAUCAGAAAAAGCUCUAUUAUAAUUAUUGCACUUCAGGUAAAUGUUUAACAUUGAAGUUCAAAUUUCAGGUAAAAUCCUCCGACCUCCCCAACUUCAGAUGCCCCGCUACGUCCCUUGGUCAACCUGCAGUUAUCAGAAUGACAAAACAAUGAUAUGGACCUCAUUAAUAAAAAGGAAGUAUAGUACGUCUAAUCAAUGGAAAUAUACUUAUCUCUCUCCACAGGUCAAAUACCUCAAUGAUUUUGCAAACAAGUUGAAGCUCAAAAUAUCGUACAAUACUGAAAUUAAAAGUAUCUCCAAGCAGUUGGUGAAUAAUUCAUUUCUACUUGAAGAUCAGCAUGGCAAUUGGUAUACAUGUAACGAUCUGAUUGUCAGGUGAGGGUGGAUGAAUUGAUGAUUCCAAUUUGAUCUAGGCAAGAAGAACGAAAUCCAUUACCAUAGCUGGAAAGAGAAUCUUAAAAUGAGUAACAUUGCAACGUUUGGUUGUAAAAUGAGGAAAAUAUAGCCCUGUGAAGUUCGCAAAUUUUGUAUAUAUUUGUGGGAAAAAUAACCAUUUUUGAGCCGAAAGUGGUUAUUUUACCGCUCGUAAUACAAAUAUAUACAAAAUUUGCGAACUUCACAGGGCUAUAUUUUCUUCAUUUUACAACAUUUAGCAACCAAUCUUUGCAGUUUUACUCAUUCGAAGACGCUUUUUCUAGCUGUGGGGUUGGAUUUCGUUCUUCUUGCCUUCAUCAAAAUUUAGGUUAUAGCUGGAAUCACCCAUUGAAUAGUUGCGUUUUUAUCAAUAACGUCACCAAUUUUCAAUGGCAUUGUGCCUUAUCCACGGAUGAGUAAUAGAUUCCCUCUUCCAGAUUGUUUUUGUAUGUAUGUAUUUAUAUCUUGAAUCAAAUUAUUAAUAUGUAAGAUUAAUAGAUGAAAACCAUUCGCUUUUCAGUCUCUGAUUCUUUUGUUAAUUUUCUAGUACUGGAAUUCCAAUUGAAAAUGUUCCUGAUAUUAAAGGCAUCGAACAUACUGAGGUGUGCAGUUAUUUUUUAAAUUUGUGUUUAAGAUUCUGCUAUUCUUCAUUUUGUCUUUUCUUUCGAUAUUCUUUUCCCCUUCCACCAUUUCCUUCCUUCGUUUCUAUGUUUCUUUUUCUUCCUUCCACCAUUUCCUUCUUUCGUUUGCUCUCUUUCUUUCUUCAUUCCUUAAUUUCUUUAUUUUUCCAUUUCUCAUUUUCGUUUACUCUCACUAGAGCUACGGGACAAUGUCGUUGAACAGAGAUGACUAUGAAGGCCAAACAGUCUUGAUAUUAGGAGGAGGUGGGUUUUUAUCUUGUUUACAACAGCUGUGAUGUGGUUGAGACAUGUGUCUUUCAUCUCUAAUGACUGGGCUUCAAUUCCUGUAAAAUACAGUUAUCUCAUUAUCAUUUGCACUCAGUUGGAUCUGUUUGAUGCGAGAAGAGUGCUUCCAGUUUGACUCACCAAACACCACUGGUUUUCUCCAAGUACUCUUUAGUUUCUUUCUCAUUCAAACUAGAUUAAUUAGGAAUCGCCUUUACUGGACAAUUCUACUUUACUGGACAAUACUAACAAUGUGUCUUUGGUUGAUAGGAAAUGCAGCAUUUGAAACUGCUGAUAAUAUUAUGGAGUCGACAAAUCUUGUUCACGUUAUGGGAAGGUGAGCUGAGCAAUUUAGUUGAACAAAAUUAGAAGAAUAUAAUUUCUAUAAAUCUUACACUCGAUCUCAUUUUCUAUAAGAUCAAGAGUACGUCUAGCGUGGUCAACUCACUAUGUUGGGGAUGUAAGGUAGGACGAAUGUCAUUAUGGUGUAGAAAUGCAAGAGUUGCAUGAGAGUUGAUGAGAGUUGAGAAGCGAGAGUUUGCAUGCGAGUUUUCUCAACUCUCGUGCCCCGAUCAAACGAGAACAAAAGUUACAUGAGAGUUGAUCAAAAAUUGAACCAGCUGAAAUUUGAUUAUUUCUUCAUAUACUUCAUUGAUAGCUGAUUGUCAAAUGAGAGUUGAGAAGCGAGAGUUUGCAUGCGAGUUUUCUCAACUCUCGUGCCCCGAUCAAACGAGAACAAAAGUUACAUGAGAGUUGAUCAAAAUUUGAACCAGCUGAAAUUUGAUUAUUUCUUCAUAUACUUCAUUGAUAGCUGAUUGUCAAAUGCCAACGACUGUUACAUCUUCGUAGUUUCGUAGUUUAUGAAUUUUAUAUAUAUUUUUCUCAGGGCUGUCAAUAACCGUAUAUUGGACAAUUAUCAGCUGAAAUCUCAAGACGGAUUCUUAGGUAUUGCAAAAAGAAAUUAUAUUCAACCUUUUUACAUCAUAACGGCAGCACCUACAACAUUGAUUUUAUUAUCAUUCUCCAUGCAGAAAAGGCAUUUUCACAAGUCAGUAUCGUCAAACACGAAGGAAAACUGUACGUGGAUUUUUAUGAUUCAGAAGGAAGGAUUUUGAAUAAGACUGGCGUUGCUCGUAAGUUAACAGUUUAUUUUUUGUGUGAAAUAUUUCUGCUUUAUGAUUAGAAUUUUCCCAUUUCAAAUACGAUAAUUAGUGAUGAGCAGUGUAACUGUGAAAUGAAAAUACCGAAAUACCGGUCCCUUGUCAUGAAUAUUCUUAUUUGUUUUUAGCUGACAACUAUUCUUUACGAGAUCCUUAUGAUAAAAUUCUAAGAUGUCUUGGUUUUAAGGUAAAGGACAAGUGUUCCUGCCGGUUUUCUUUGGGUGCUUCGGUUCUUCCUGUAGUAAUACUGGAUACCAGUAAGAGGUCUCUUAACCUAAACUAAACUAACUGUAUUUAUGCUGGAUAUCUCGAUCAGUUCUAAACUGUUCUUCCUAGAGGUCCAGUAAGGAUCAUUCUCUUAUUGAUCCAGUGUUACUACAGGAGGAAACCUAAACUAAACUAACUUUAUUUCUACUGGAUAGCUCUAUCAGUUCUAAACUGUUCUCCUAGAGGUCCAGUAAGGAUCAUCUCUUAUUGAUCCAGUGUUACUACUGGAACAACGAAUCAAUUUUAAAAUUAUUCUCCAGGAGGAAACCUAAACUAAACUAAACUAAACUAACUUUAUUUCUACUGGAUAGCUCUAUCAGUUCUAAACUGUUCUCCCUAUAUAUAGAGGUCCAGUAAGGAUCAUCUCUUAUUGAUCCAGUGUUACUGUGGAACAACGAAUCAAUUUUAAAAUUAUUCUCUUAACUUUCAAGUGUUUGCAUGACAUGGCACCACUUGUAUUUAAAAGAAUUAGUUAAACCAUAUGAACCAAAAAGAACGUUAAGAUCAUCCUCAAAGAACCUUGUUGAUACAACUAAUUUUAAUCUACGUACAUAUGGUUUUAGAGCGUUUUCUGUUUCAGCUCCAACAUUGUGGAAUGCAUUACCAGACAGAAUACGGAACUGUCAUAAUAUUGAAAUUUUUAAGAAACUUCUUAAGACACAUCUUUUUAGCAUAGUUUUUAAUUAGUUAUUUUGUAAGAUCUCCUCUUAGUUCGGUUACAUAUCUUGUAAAGCGCUAAUGGACUUUAGGGAAUUGGCGCUAUAUAAAUAAUUCGUAUUAUUAUUAUUAUUACUGCAUGAGGAAACCUAAACUAAACUAACUUUAUUUAUACCGAAUAACUCUAUCAGCUCUAAACUGUUCUUCCUAGUCCUAGAGGUCCAGAUGGCUCUUACUGAAUCUUUAGGAAAAGCAAUUGAGAACUGAUAGUAGUCUAGGUUAUUCACAAGACUGUUAAUUGUAUUUCAGUUUGAUUUCUCGAUAUUCAACGGGACGGUCAUGCCCGAGAAAUGCCCGGGAAAGAGGAGUAAAUAUCCGCUAAUCACGCCAGAUUUUCAAAGUCACAAUGUGCCAAGACUGUGGUUUGGUGAGUUGCAAAUGAGUUUUUAAAGUUAAAGUUAAACUGGCAGCUCAUGUUGUAACAUUUUCGUUGUAGCUGGAGCAACAGCACAUUCUCUGGACUGGAAAAAAUCUGCCGGUGGUUUUAUCCAUGGUUACAGAUACACAGGUAUGAUUGUAUGUGUUUGUUUUGUGUCGAAGUAAAACAACUAGACAAAGUUCAAAAACGCUGCCCCACCCCACCCAAUGUUGAUAUAUUACUGGUUUGCGGGAUUCCGUGAUUUCUGUGACGCUUGGUACUACAGAAUUCUCGAAAACAACAGGAAAUUGUAUAUAACGUCAAUAUAGCGACCAGACAUACUGGCGUAUUACUGCCCGUAUGCACUUCGUUUUUUUCAAUACCAGUUAGGUACGCAAUAUAAGACCGUUUUCCACUCCAACCGUAUUGUAGCAUUUCCUUUUGUGUCAAAGACAUUAGUUCCACCUUGCUGCUCAGGAAACAAGAAAUACGUUGAAGUCACUUCACUUAAGUUAACAGCAGCGCAAUUACGCGGCAAUUUUUGCCCAACCAGAAAAUUUUAAUUAUCGCACCCUGCAGGCAACGUAACAUAGCAUGCAUUGCUAUUGCGAAGUUCAACUUUCGCCUCGAUUUUACAUUAGUAAGAUUUCAACAAACUCCGAAACUCUCAAAGUAAACGUUCUCGUGUGUUUUGUGUCGUUCUACAUAGCACGAUCGCUUCAUCGCGUUCUGGAAUGGAAAAAUCAUGGAAUUAAAUGGAAACACCACGUGAUUCCACAAAAUCAGAUCUUGAAUUAUAUCACAAAGAGAGUAAACGAAGCAUCGGUAUGUUGGGCCAUUCUAUUUAAUAUCCCCCCCCCCCCCCCGGGAGCGGUCAGUAAAUUUUAACCCCUAAGAAAAAAAGAUCAAAGUGCCGACACAAAAUCCCCUUCAAAUCGCAGAGAUCAAAAGAUGCCGACAGGCUUAACCCCUCAGAAACGACUUUGGGGUUACCCUUCAGAAAAAUUCAUUCAGACACACUUAUAUAAACAUUACAUAACACUUGUCCAGAUGUGGAAAAAGUAUCGGAACCUGACAUAUCUAGUUACAAUUGUUCUUGUUUACAAAGAAAACAUUUUCGUUUCUAGGGUAUUUAUCAAAUGUUUAGUAUCUUGGUUGAUAUAGUUGUUUAUGGUAAGAAAAACUGACACUGUUAGCUAAUAUUGGACUGUGUACUUUGUUUUUCUGCACUUUUUCUCUGUGAUUAUCCAACGUCUAAAUAGUGUUUGGUCGAUUUUAGUGAACGAUGGACAAGCGAUAUAUAUUGAAGAAUUUCCUUCCAAGUUACUUGACCAGUUAGAAAGUAAGGAACAUCAUCACUGAUUGCAGUAGUAUUUAGUGUGUUAGUGUGUUUAGUACUUAAUUAAUUAAUUAGUUAAUUAGUUAAUUAAUUAGUAAGUUAGUUAGUUGGUUACUUGGUUAGUUGGUUAGUUGGUUAGUUGGUUAGUUAGUUUGUUACUUUGUUAGUUACACAAGUACGUAAAUGAGGUAAUUAUUUAUUAACAUAGUUUAAUUUCCAGGUUAUUCGGGCUUGCCAAGCGGACCGACGAUUGUGGUAAACAUGGAAUACGGCAAAACUUUCUCUGGGGCAGGUCGCGACACAUUUCAUGAAGACCGCGCAACAUUAGAUCCAUCACGAGCACAUAUUUCGAAUUUUCUCCACCCGGUCUUGUAUUUCUACCGACAGCCUGUCAAAGGUAACCACUCAAUAAUUUAUGAUUAUAGUAAUGCUCACAACAUAGUGGCCGUCUUGACUUGAACACAAUUCAUUCCUUGAAAUGUGAUUUGGUGCAAAGCUCAUUAAUACACCUUACCGAUUAUUCUUUUUUACGCAAUGGCCUCGUUUCCAUGUUAACUUAUUUUAGCAUGUCAGGGGCAGAUAAAGAUUAUAUUCCCAUGUUUAUCUGCCCUGGGCGAAUUUGUUUCUUGCUGUUCUUAGGCUCAAUAACAAAGUAAUUUUCAACACUACUAAGCACAAAACAUAAGUAAGUAUUUGACAUGAAAACGAGGCCAUUGGGUAAAAGACAAUAAUGGGUAAGAUCUAUUAUUCGUGAAUUUCACAAUAAAUUAGUAAUGUGUUAUUUUAAUGUUUUUUCUUUAUUUUUCCUGCAGUCUUAGAGAGGGAUUAUUCACUUCCUAAACCUGACCGUAUGCAUCAUAUUGUUGAAGAUUUUCUAACAAAAUGGUAAGGAUCCUAUUGAACUUCGUUCUUAUUCAACGAACAAGCAGUCGAGAAUAAAACUGAUCGAUGUAUUUAGUGGUUUCAAAACAUUUCAUAGUAGACGUUGCGAUGGGAAGUGUAGGAGUUGCAACCGAAGGCCGAACUUCGAAACUCGGAGGAUCUAACGGGCCUGUGACGGCAUGCUUCCAGAAAAUUUUGAACUUCUAGAGCUAUACGAGAUGCAUUUUCCAGCAUUUAUUCUUGAGACACAAAAAAAAAUCAUUUUAAAUGUCUAAAACACUGUUAAAUUUAUGUUCUUAUUAAUGCCUAUAACAACAACGUUUACAUACAGUAAAACGGCUUAUUUUGAAACCACUGGUAUUUUACAUUCUUUAUUUCUGCAUUUAUUUACGUGGUGUUUCCACAAACAAAACUAUUAUGUUUUAUCGCCAUACAAAGAACUUAUUCUUUAUUUCGUUUCUAUCAGGACUGGUCCAUUUAGUCAUCUUGUACCUCUCAGAAGAUUCUUGGAACAAAUCCAGGGAGAAGAUCUGAGAAAUUUCUUUUCACAAAGUUGUUUUAAGGUAAGUGCAUUUUCACACCAUUGUAAAAUUGUAUGCUUGACGUUUCCCCUAACUGACCCUUCCCAGGGUGGGUUGGGACUAUCCCCCUAACUGACCCUUCCAGGGUGGGUUGAAACUAUCCCCCUAACUGACCCUUCCAGGGUGAGUUGGGACUAUCCCCCUAACUGACCCUUCCAGGGUGGGUUGGGAUUAUCCCCUAACUGACCCUUCCAGGGUGGGUUGAGACUAUCCCCUAACUGACCCUUCCAGGGUGGGUUGAGACUAUCCCCCUAACUGACCCUUCCACGGUGGGUUGGGAUUAUCCCCCUAACUGACCCUUCCAGGGUGGGUUGGGAUUAUCCCCUAACUGACCCUUCCAGGGUGGGUUGGGAUUAUCCCCCUAACUGACCCUUCCACCGUAGCUGUGCUCCGUGAUCAGACAUGAGAGACUUUCAAGCUGGGAGAUCCGGGUCCAAUCCUUGGGCGGACCUCCUCUACUCAAGGUCUUGGUGGGUUGGGAUUAUCCCCCUAACUGACCCUUCCACCGUAGCUGUGCUCCGUGAUCAGACAUGAGAGACUUUCAAGCUGGGAGAUCCGGGUCCAAUCCUUGGGCGGACCUCCUCUACUCAAGGUCUUAAAAUAAUGAUAUUUUUGUUGUGUUUUGAUGUUAUGUACUCAGGUGAAUAUAAAGGAUGUUACUCUGAGUGUAUAUCCACACCGGGCAGGCUGAAAAGUUAGCCUGACCACGAUGGGAAUGGAACCCGCGACCUUUGGGAUACUAGUCCAAUGCUCUGCCAACUGAGCUACGUCGUCAAGUCUGUUCGAGUGUGUGGUAUUUCAGAACUAAGUCUAGUACCUUCGAUACCAAUGUGUUCUAUUCGAUACCAAUGUAAAAGUGCUACAUUUACAUUGACAUCAGUAAAUGGUUAGACUUUUGCGUCUUCUCGGAUAAGGACGUUAAAUCGUAGGUACCUCGGAUCCCCUAUCAAUUGGGCAGUAGCCUGUUGGGAAAUCCGCCCACCAAUGAGUGAGAAGCUACUCAAUAAACGUCCUUUUAUGAAGUCAACGGUCGUCACGUUGAAUUUUGUUUUGCUGUUAUCAUUUUAGCUCGCAAUGACCAACGCAAAUCUACCCAGAAGAUGUAAGGAGUAUUUUAUGCAAGGUAUGUUGUGUAAAUACUGCAUGUAUUACCUAAAUGAAUAUCUGGGCAUACUGAUCGAAUGCUUUGCCAAAGUCAAAAGCUGCUUUCUAGAUGUCAUGCUUAAUUUCUUUUUGUUUCAGGCUCGUCCCUUCCUGGUGAAUCUAGUAUUCUCGAGAUCGCUCAGUCGCAAAACUUGCUGGCAUGAGAGAAAAGCAUAGCAUCGUGAGUGAUGGUAUAUAGUGAACACGUGCCAGGUCAGAACAUGUGACGUGUGUAGUUGUGGUUGCUAAGCAACCUGAGUAGAAAGUCUAUACUUCGGUGUGAUAGGUUGAUAACAUACUGAGAAAGACGAACCGUGUAGGAACAGAAUUUCAUAACGAAGUAAUUUUGUUAUUAGUAUAGUGUGCACACGUAAAAAUUUCACAAUUUGUCAACAAGAUGUGUUCGCAAGUCGCAACAGGCUUGUAGCAAGCUUGCCAACAAGUUGUAACAAUGUUGUUAUUUUAUAAAGUUGCUACAAGGUUGUCACUCACAACUUGUUGACAAAUUGUUGAAUUGCAGGACGAUAACAAGUUGUUGUAACAACUUGUAACAAGUCUGUUGAGCUCAACAACCUUGUAGCAACUUCUCGUUAGCCGUUGGCAACUUGUCAACAAGCUGGGAACAAGUAGUGGGAACACAUCCUGAUGACAAGUUGUUGGAACAGCAUUGCUACAAGUCUGCUGCAGGUUUGUUACAACUUGUGUGUUUUUACGUGUGUACUGUAGUUCAAUAGAUUCAUUGUAUAUAUGAACAGAAGUAUAUUUCGAGCAAAUCAUUUUUGGUGUGGCUUUUAUUGAAUAUAUUUUUAAAUAUAAAUAUAAAAUGUUGUUAUGUCAACAUAAAAAUAUUUCUCGAAUUUAAAUUACAUAAAAACUCGCUACUAUUCCUAAGGGCUAAGUAGAACAGGGCAUAAAAAUAACAUCGUGCAGUGC